CUUUCUAUGUCGGGUAAUUGUCGUGGAAGUUCGGUGUAUACUACCUAAUUCUCCUUUUACUUACGAGCUUGCAAGGAUCUGGGUUUAUUCCUGGCCGCUUCGAAGCUCAACUUUCACUAGGGAGCAUAAGUUUUGACAGAUUCCGCAUCAAAGAUUUGAUUUUGGUGGGUUUUCUUUUCUUUUUCUUGUGGGUCUUCUGUUGUGGCAGAAGAUGGAUGGGAGACGAAUAACGGCCAGUCCUAGUACGUUUUACGGCCGUCGAGUUGUGGCGAAGAAGCGUCCACGCAUUGGGGCUGAUAAGUUUGUCAACAGCGUAAAAAAGCUUCAAAGGAGAGAGAUUUGUUCGAAGCGAGGUCGUGUCUUUAGUACGAAUGAUUCUCAAGAGAGGUUCCGGAACAUCCGUUUGCAGGAAGAAUAUGAUGCCCAUGAUCCGAAGGGACAGUGUGACCAUGUACUCUCUUUUCUCAAAAAAAGGUCGAAAAUUAUUGAAAUUGUAGCAGCCCAUGAUAUUGUCUUUUCUCUUGCACAGUCUGGUGUCUGUGCUGCAUUUAGUCGAGAGACUAAUCAGAGGAUAUGCUUCUUGAAUAUAAGUCCAGAUGAAGUUAUAAGAAGCUUGUUUUACAAUAAAAACAAUGAUUCACUUAUUACAGUCUCGGUUUAUGGUUCAGACAAUUUUAGUUCUUUGAAAUGCAGAACCACGAGGAUUGAAUAUAUUAGAAGGGGAAAGCCAGAUGGAGGCUUCGCUCUAUUUGAAUCUGAGUCGUUGAAAUGGCCUGGAUUUGUUGAGUUUGAUGAUGUGAAUGGGAAGGUGCUUACAUAUUCUGCACAGGAUAGCAUAUACAAGGUGUUUGACUUGAAAAAUUAUGCAAUGUUGUACUCCAUUUCAGACAAGAAUGUUCAAGAAAUCAAGAUCAGUCCAGGCAUCAUGUUGUUGAUUUUCAAAGCUAGCGGCCAUGUACCUCUUAAGAUUCUAUCAAUAGAAGAUGGUACAGUUCUUAAAACUUUCAAUCAUCUACUUCACCGAAAUAAGAAUGUAGAUUUCAUCGAGCAGUUCAAUGAGAAGCUCCUUGUCAAGCAAGAAAGCGAGAAUCUUCAAAUUUUGGAUGUUCGCGAUUCCAAACUGACGGAAGUUAGCAGAACAGAGUUUAUGACUCCAUCUGCAUUUAUAUUUCUAUAUGAGAACCAAUUGUUCCUGACAUUCAGGAAUAGAACUGUGGCUGUUUGGAAUUUCCGUGGGGAGGUUGUGACAUCUUUUGAGGAUCAUCUUUUGUGGCAUCCUGAUUGCAACACAAACAACAUAUACAUCACUAGUGAUCAGGAUCUCAUUAUUUCUUACUGCAAACCUCGUUCCGACGAUCCAUUGUCAGAAGGAAAUGCAACUGGUUCUAUCAAUAUUAGCAACAUCUUGACUGGGAAAUGCCUUGCUAAAAUACGGGCAGAAAACGAAUCUCCUUUUGAAGAUUGUGGUUGCAGCAAAUGCUUUAACGGUGGUGGAAACAGUUGCAACAAUAGAAGACGGAUCCAGUCUCUAAAUCUUAGAUGCACUGCUGCAGAGGCCUUGGAAGAUAUAACUGCUCUUUUCUAUGAUGAGGAACGCAAUGAGAUUUACACGGGUAAUAGGUAUGGACUAGUCCAUGUGUGGUCUAACUGAAUCUCGUACGCACUUUUUCUCAUUUACUGUUUUGCUUGAAUCUUUCAAUUGUUUUGAUUCGGUUUUGUUUUUGUUCUUGUUGAAUUUGUUUUAACAUGUUUGUAAGAAAGCAUUCGGAUCUUUUCAUUUUAUAUUUGAUUUCCACUUGCAGAUUUUUGUCUUCUCUCUUUUUGCUUACACUUGAAGAUAUAUUUUGUAAUGUUUAAAUCUGGUUAAUUCAGAUAUCCAUUUAUGAUUAGUUAGAUUUUAAAAUAUUUUGA